AUGACGACUAUCAACGGUCCAAUUCUUAAGGAAAUCGCCAAAAUCCAGAGCGGCAUCGGCCUUCCUCCAAGCACAGAUGGAUCUGGUUACGGCCAAUGCCGAGCUUAUACCAAAAAUUCCGAACAAUGCAAAAGAACCUUGGGCAAAGAGCGAAAGUUACUAGUUGCCAACCUUCUGUCCGAGUUUCGACAUGUCACGGAUUACGGCGACAUUGACAACUUUUAUGACAAAAUGGCAAAGUUUCUUGAUCUUACACACUGCCACUCUCACGGCGAUGGCGCACUAGAAGCUUUCAGCAAAUGGAAGACGGAACGAAUUGCAUCUGCUUCAAGCUCCUCGUCAACUCUGGCGACGAAUGCAAUAUUUUCCAGUGAUUCUAUGGAAGCCUCGUCCGAAACCAGCAGUGUAGCAUCUCCGGCGCCCUCAAGCCCCGUUCCCGGAACUUUAAGACGCAGUCCGUCUGUGUCAGACCUCCACAUCGAAGAGGCGAUGAGGAAUCUAGUUCUAAGCUCAAGCUCACAAAACGUCGCGACUCAAAGGAACAACAACGAGUUAUAUCGAGCUAGAAUAUUACGACGUAAGCUCAAGAGUCUUGGAAACGUUGGACUUCCAAGUGAAGGUGCGCGACAGGACCCCCUUGAAAUAUACAAGACAAUAAAAAACCCCCCUCCUCCUGGAAGAAUGUCCGACGGAAUUAUAUACGUCUAUAAACAUACUAGCAUCUCUGGUAUAUUUAAGAUCGGAUAUACGAACAAAUCUGGACUAUUCAGACAGAGGCAAUCUGGCAACUGUUAUGGAAUUGAUACAGAAAUAAUAUAUCAGACCGACAAGCCUUUUGCUGGCGCAUACCAAGCAGAAAGGAUCAUUCACGCCGUUUUGGACCACAAAAAACUGCAAGUUUAUAACUGUUCGAAUUGUGGAAGAGGGCAUAAAGAGUGGUUUCUUACAUCCAGAAAAGAAGCGCUUGAAAUAGUCAAAUGUGCAGAGUCGUGGCUCCAAAUGCCCGCAUAUACUAUACACCAAGGGAAAGUCAAAUUGACACCACAGGCAGAGGUUAUCUACACAUCAAUGUUUGGCUUCUCGUUGAGUGGAUUGAGCCAGCAUAUACAUAACAACAAUGCACCGGAGCAAAUUUCGGCUAUAAGAAGGGCAGAAAGUGCUUUGCAAACAAUGGAUUCAGAUACUUUUAACGAAUUAACUCGACCCCGCUCUUUGCAAUCUACCCAUUUGGACAGCGAUGAAGAUUACAGCGAUGAUGAGGAGCCUCAAGAGCCAGACAGUGGCGAGGAUUACAGCGAAGUUGAUUCUGAAGAGCUUGAUACUGACGAAGAAGAUAUCGAAGAUGAUGAGUCUGAAGAGUUUGAUAAUGAUGAAGAAGACGUCGAAGAUGAAGAGUCCCAAGAGUUGGGCAGUGAUGAAGAAUCUAGUGGAUCCGAAGAACCUCAAGAUCCGUACGUUGAAGAGAAUCACAACCAAGCUAGGGGGUCUCAAGUUCGCACACGCAGCCAACAAACCGAGGUAACUCCAGACGUGAAUAUCAAAGUUGUAGAAAUGCUUAAGGCUAUUCGUCAAGGGGGGGCAGUUGAGUUUAGAGUUAUUUUCCCAUCACAAGAUCUGUGA